AUGGCGCUGCAGAAAAGCGAAACGCAUGCCACUCUCGGCCGACUGAUCAGCGGCGGCAACAGCGACAAUACAAUCGCCCCGACGCUUCAACAGCUCAUUGCUCAAUUGCAGUCCACCAGACCGGGCAGCAGAGAGGCCCAACAUACGCGCCAAGAGAUCAUCCUUGCCUACGUUCGCCGCAUUGUGCAGGGACAUGCGAAUCUGCAAGACUGCGCAUACAUCAUCGAGACGACAGUGAAGGAGUUUGGCCUUGAUGUCGCUGAGAUCUUCUCGAAUGUUCAAGACCACAAUGAUUGGAAGGAGGUGCAAAAACUGUCUGCCGCACAGCCAACGAAGGACAAAAGGAUCAGAGACGAGCGCCGUGCGGCAUGGGCAGCCUAUAUCGCCGUCGCAGGACGAUGGGGCGUCAAGGCGCUGGAGUACUAUGUGCGCCCCCCGGGAGAAAGCGGCGGGCGAAAGUGGUUUGAAGAACUGCGCAAGGCCGCCAACGCAUCUGGUUCUUGGCACGUUGCCCGCGAACGCCUGAAUCGCAUCAUGGCGGCGCGUAGGCCGUUGGCUAAAUCGUCUCAAUUCGCGAACCCUCAUUGUCCCUUCGGCCAGAAAGACCUGACAGACCUCGCGAAUUGGCGCGACAAUGGCAGUCUGGUCCACUUUCCACACUUGGUCCCGUCAGAGUCACACAGCUACGACCAAUAUGGCCUCCUCCUCCCCGUCGAGUCACAGCAGGAUCCGAAAUCGCCUACAUGCAAGAAGCGGAAGCUUGAGCAAGCUCCCCAACCUCCGAAGAAACCCAAUAAUGAUGAUUCGGAGACGCGCUUGGGUUCGGAAGUGCUUGCACCCGACAAAGAUACAGGAGCGCUGAAUGCAGACGAUGAAUCUGCUUCGCCCGAAGAUCUCUCAAACCCGCCGCCCCCGAAGAAACCGAGACCCGACCCGCCAUACGCGCCUGCAACGCCCGGCAGCACGACCAAAUCCAAUGAUGAUUCGGAGACACGCUUGGGUUCAGAAGUGCCUCCGUCUCUUGCACUCGACAAAGAUGCAGGAGCGCUAAAUGCAGGCGAUGACUCUCCUUCGCCGGAACCUGUCUCAAGCCUUCUACAAGCGCUGAAUGGACACGAACCUCUCUCAAGCCCUCUACCCGACCAUCCCUUGCCUACCGAAAAAGAAUAUUUGGACAACUUCGAGGAAUGCAAGCCUCGUCUCAUUGAACACCUCACCCACCUUGCGAGCUGGAAUCAGCAUAUGAAGAUUCAUUACGAAAGUGCAAUCAAAUGGGUCUCAGCCGCCAAGCGUCCUCAUUUCGGGUCCUUUGACAGUCCAUACUGUGAGGUUUUCUCUGUCACCGCGAGUGACUUCUACAAGCGGCUAUCAGCUGGAUUUGUGCCUGACAGGCCUCUCCUCCUCACCGACUUAGCUCCAGAUUCGGAUGACGAUAACAAUAUCAUCAAAGAACAUCUUACGACUCUGUCUAUCGCGUUUGAGCGGGUGGAGAGUCAACGAAUUGGUCUGGAACCGAGGGAUUUACGUCACCUCCAUCCAAGCGAUGAGCAUGAAUCGUCUCCGUCUCUCACUGCUGAGAUAGCCACGUCAACUUUCGCCGACAGAAUUCGCACAGAGCUGGACAGCUCUGCGAAAUGCUUUGUCAAGGAUACGCCCCUCAAUCUGCUCAAUCUGAGUGCUGAUGUUGAAAGUCCACUGCCUCUCUUCGUUGUUCACCCGAGAUACAAUGUCUUAAAGACCUUGGAUAUGUGCCUGCGAGCCGGCCGCGCCGGCAAACAGACUUUCUACUCCCCAAAUGACGUCUCAGCCGCGCGGAGAUUCAAUCUUUUUGCAUCUACGCUAGCAUACUCUCGGCCUCACCACGAUCUUCUCGCUGGGACCUGGGUCAAGGUUCUGCAAGGACUUAAGUUAUGGCUCAUCGCCGUCAAUCUUACUCCGUCAGAAGUGGACGAAUACACUCAGCAAGGACCCGAUUACAUUCCGCCGGCCAACAAGAUUCGAUACCUACUUCUCCGCCCAGGUCAGCAUUCCGUUUUAUUGAUGCCCCCAGGGGUGCGCGUAAUCCACUCUCCGCUUACUCUGUCGCCAUGUCUCAUGGAAGGAGGCAUGCUUUGGGAUAAGCUUCGGCUGGUGGGAACCCUGGAGCUUGUUCACUGGACUUGCGCAAACCCACUCACGACCAACGAAUCAAUCCCGCUUCAGUUGCUAGAUACUCUGGACAAGCUGCAAGACAUCGUAACGAGCAACCCACACGACUACACCCUAGACGCAGACGAUCGACUAGUGAGCGAAUUCCUCCACAAGACCAAAAAGGCUAUUGAGAAAAUCCGAGCGUUGGGAUGUCAGUGCACAAGCAAGAGCAGCGCGGGAUCCUACUAGCUGUCCGUACCAGACCGAUCAGAUCCCUCUUGUUCGGCGCUAUCGGAGCCAGUCUCCUUGUGUAUGCAUCCGCAUGCAGAGAUGUGAUUUCGGGAGAGGCAAUACUCAAUUCAACUACAUGUAGAUAAAUGAGGUCGUGCACAACGACCUCCCACAGGACGAGAACGAUCUUCCACUCUACCUCGCUUUGAUCCAUACAACUCAGAUACAUGUUCACCAGAGUCGACCUCGUCGCUGGAUUUUACGAAUACACACAGCUUUCGUGGGAGAUUGCAAGGCGUGUGAU